CCCUUUUAUAACUGCUUCGGAUUCCGGAUAUCCAGUUUAGGUAAUAAUGGUCUACCAGACACUUCCUGCAUCCAGUUGGCAUCUGUAAUAAGGAAUAACCCGUCCCUGAAAAGACUUAAUCUGUCUGGUAACCGUCUGUCUGGUCCUCACUUCAGUGACUUGAUGGAGGCUCUGUCCAGUCCGACCUGCAGAAUAGAGGCAUUAAAUUUGUAUGAUAAUCGUCUACCAGACACUUCCUGCAUCCAGUUGGCAUCUGUAAUAAGGAAUAACCCGUCCCUGAAGGUACUUAACCUUUAUGGUAACCGUCUGUCUGGUCCUCACUUCAGUGACUUGAUGGAGGCUCUGUCCAGUCCGGCCGGCAGGAUAGAGGAAUUACUUUUGGGUAAUAAUGAUCUACCAGACACUUCCUGCAUCCAGUUGGCAUCCGUAAUAAGGAAUAACCCUUCUCUGAAGAUACUUGUCCUGUCUGGUAACCGUCUGUCUGGUCCUCACUUCAGUCACUUGAUGGAGGCUCUGUCCAGUCCGGCCUGCAGGAUAGAGGAAUUACAUAUGCUUGGCAAUGGAUUACCUGGAGCCAUAAAAAAACUGGAAGAGCAGAAACCAAAUAUGAAGAUAUAUUACUGAA